GCGGACGAGAAGACGUACGACCAGGUGUGCGAGGAUGCGACGGCCGCCGCGGAGAUGCGGCUGCUGGAGCACUUCAAGCAGCACGGCGGAGAGGUCUGGAGCAUCGGCGCCGGCUGCCAGAGCUGCCGCCAGAAGCUGCAGGACGUCAGCGGCCUCAAGCGCUGCGCCAACUGCGACGCCGCUCUCUUCUGCGGCCGCGUGUGCCAGCUCAAGGCCUGGCCGGCGCACAAGGCCGAGUGCGGCGUCAUUGCGACCUUCCAGCGGCUGCACAAGGCCUCUGCCAGCUCCGACUCCAGACUUGCUACGUUGCUGGAGAAGUUGUCGUGGUCGUUGAUCCCCAAGAAGGCGGACGACUCCAAGACGGCGGGCGUUGCGAGCUCGAUCGGCCUCAACGGCCCCGAGCUCCCGGGCUGGUUCUUCACGGUGGACUUCGAAUCGGCGUCGAAGGAGCAGCAGAAGGCGCUGCACCAGACUGCGCUUGAGCUGUACGGGCUGCUCAAGGACGAAGAGUGCUGGACGCGCGACAAGGAGAGCUUCCCACGCUCGAGCUACACACUGGUGGAGGUUAGUGAACUGUGAAAAGUUAAGAUUGCGGUCGUGCAAUGAUGCUGACCGCUACACAUGUGAUACGCGCAUGGCACAGUCGCUUCCCCACGCUUCUCCUGUCGCGGUACAGUUGCAGAAGGAGCUCGUCGAGAAGAAUGGACACCUUGUGCUGUUCUCCGCGUGGCUGCAGCACCCGGAGCCGCCGGCCACGCAGGCGAUGCCCCUCGAGAACCGCAGUUUCUUCGGUGUUGUAGAUUCGCUGCUGCAGAUCAGGUACAAAUCGCUUUCUUCACGCUUUGCUCGAGGUUGCGAACCACUCGACUGACAAUGCGCCGUUGUUGCUUUGUAGUGCUAUUCGCGACGGCGUGGAUGCUUUCAUGGACGCGCGAUUCUCGCAGUGAAUCAAUAGAGUGUAUCCACCGCUGCGGAAUUGCAUCACAGUCUUGUUUAUUCUUGAAAUUAUUAGCAGCGUCACAGCGACGUUCCCGAACAGCUUUGCGAGGGGAAGUAAAAGCAAAAGCACGCGAAGCGCUGGACUUUCACGUCGACACCUUCGCGACGCGGUACAGUGUGUCCAGCAUCUCCUCGAUAUCCUCAUCCAGCUCGUAGCACUCGAGCGCGGCCACGAUCUUCUCGUCAUCGCUCAAAAUCAAAUCCUUCAGACGCGCCUUCUCCUCUGCCGAGAUCAACUUGUCGGCCGCGAUGCGGCUGGCCGCCUUGAGCGCCAAUGCAUAGCGCGCACGCUGCGAAAGUGAGCGCUUCUUCGACAGCCCGUCCUUCUCCAGCUCCCCCUCUAGCAGAACGAGAACGCUCAUCAAUCAGUCGUGACUCCGCCCGCGUACGUUAGUGCGACCCCUGCUUGAUCGCAGUAGCCUCCUCACCGUCAAUGAUGCCCUUCUCCUCCAGCUCCGACACCGACGGUCUGUGGCGCAGUUGGCGCGCGAUCUGGUCCGCCUUCAACUGCCGCUCCAACUGGUGCUUGGCGCCCUGCAGCACCGGCGCCACCGCCGCAUCCUGGCCUGUUCAAUAGCAGCAUCAAACAUCAACGUCAACAAGGUGAGAAGACACCAAUACACCAAUUCACUUCCUCUGGACUGCAGUGCGCGCACCUUCCAGGAUGUUCUGCGAGACGAGCUCGUCCUUCUCGGGUCGCGACUCGAGCAGGUGCGACACCUGGUUCUGCACGAGGUUCCGCUC